AUGGAUGAGGUUCCUGUGUUGUUGGAAGAGAAUGAAACAAAGUCUGAGGCGCAUUUGACUUCUGCUGCUGCUUUUGUGGAAGGUGGAAUUCAGGAGGCUUGUGAUGAUUCUUGCAGUAUAUGCCUUGAAUCCUUCUCUGACAGUGAUCCUUCUACGGUAACGAGUUGCAAGCACGAGUUUCAUCUUCAAUGUAUUUUGGAAUGGUGUCAGAGGAGCUCCCAGUGUCCUAUGUGUUGGCAAUCUAUCAGUCUCAAGGAUCCCACGAGCCAGGAAUUGCUCGAGGGAGUUGAGAGGGAGAGGAACUUUAGGUUAAAUCCGUCAAGAAAUGCCACAAUAUUUCAUCAUCCAACACUGGGGGAUUUUGAGUUACAACAUUUGCCAGUUGGAGCAAAUGAUGCUGAUCUUGAAGAGCGUAUAAUCCAACACUUAGCUGCUGCAGCAGCAAUGGGGCGAGCACGCCAUAUUGCUAGAAGGGAAGGCCAGAGAAAUAGGUCAUCAGCUCAAAGUCGUCCACAGUAUUUGGUAUUUUCAGCUCAUCCCAAUUCACCUCCUAUGGCUCCUGCUUCUUCCUCUCCAUCUCAGAGAGGUGAUGGUGAACCAACUCAUGCGACCGGAGAAGACACACCACAGCUCACUUUGAUGCCUCCAGUUCAAACUGACCAGGUUUCUGCUUCAGGAUCUGGGUCUACUGCUCCUGCUACCGACAAUCAGGGAUUAUCAUAUAACAACAGGAGAUCUCCUAGUCAGUCUUCUCCAAGUAGCCAAGACAGAGCAGGACCAUCAGAACUCCAGUCAUUUUCAGAAUCUCUGAAAUCUAAACUUAAUGCUGUGUCAACAAGAUACAAAGAGUCCAUUUCGAAGAGCACACGAGGGUGGAAGGAAAGGUGGUUCUCUCGAAACAGCCCUAUGUCUGACCUUGGAACUGAAGUUAAGCGAGAAGUCAAUGCAGGGAUUGCAUCUGUGUCACGCAUGAUGGAGCGGUUGGAGACUAGAGAGAAUGAUAGAAGCGAUGGCAAUUCUGCUCCAAGUAAUUUAGAGGACGGUCCAAUUCAGGGAUCAAAUGAUCAGCAUUUAACUGACAGUGAAAGGGACAGUCUUUUAAGAGACAAUGACAUAAAAACAUCUUGCACUGCAGGUUCCAGCUCAAAUUAA